AUGGUAGAUUCGGCCAUUCUUAAAACGACAGCGUAUUUAAAAGAGCUGGACAACGUAAGAUUUGAACACUUUCCAGGUUUAAUCCUACAAGGUCUUCAAGUCAUCCAUGUUGGAAAAGGAAUCGUACAGUGCAAAUUGACAAUAACGGACCGUGUUUUGGGAGGAGACGGGGAACAUAUUCACACUGGAGCAAUUGGAAUGCUGAUGGAACUGAUCGGAGCAGCCGCGAUUUACUCAGCCGGAGGAUCUCAUGCCUCUGUUGAUCUCAACUAUUCGUUAUAUUCGACGGCCAAGAUUCAAGAAGAAGUAAAGAUCGAAGCAAGAGUGGUAGGGAGGAAAGAAGAUCUAAACUCAGCAGUGAUUGAGAUUCGAAGAGAACACGAUGAAGAACUCAUAGCCACUGGGAGGCUGUGGAUGCUGCAACUUAGACCCAUUCUCAAACACAAUGGUGUUGGUCAAGCUAGCAAGCUUUAG